UGUCGGGACUUCAAGAUGGCUGCGCCCAUGUGGUAAAAUUCGCCUGAGGUUUUGGCUUUUUCAAGCUUUUCGUCUGCGGUUUGUGAAACUUGAGGAUACCCCACACACCUGGAUUAGACGUUUCACAUACUGCAGAACAUCAGGAUUUCCGCUGGUUACGGCUACAUCUACUAUGGCUGCUUUGUUACAGACUCUGAGAUCAGCAUGCCAUCUGUCCAGAAUUUACCCUACAAGAACAGUACCAGCAUUGCUGUACAGAAACCAUGCCAUUAGCUGCCACAUCAUAAACCCACGUGGAGCAGCGCGGUCUAUCAACACGCUGUCACACUCCGUACAGCACAGACAACUCUUCAGAGGGCUGUCUCUGCAACAGGUGCUUCUCAACUGCCCCAGAACCAUCUCAACUUCCAAGCAAAACUGUUUUGAUCUGUUCGACCACGACGCCCCGAAGCCCCACGAAUGGCAAACGCCAGACGGCCGCCUACUGUACAAGGGUGCCCUGGCUAAUAUUGUAACUAAAGUGAAGUUUUUCUCCUACUCGACCAGCCUUCUCGGCAUAUCGUUGAUGACCCCUAUCUUCUGGCACGGAGGCGUGAGUCACUUCAACGUGUUUGCACAAGUCGCCAUCUAUUUCAUGAGUAUAGGAUUCAUCCUUGUGUCCCCAGCAGUGCUGCAUUACCUGUCGAAGGGGUACGUAGUACGGAUGUACUAUGACGCCGCAAAGGACCAGUACACGGUGGUCACAUACAACUUAAUUCUGCGGGAGAAGAAGACACAGUUUAACCAAGAGGACGUGAAGGUGCCAGAACUGAGGAGGAUGUUCACCACUUUCAUGGCGGGGGGGAAAGGGUACCUGGUGAACGAGGCAUCGUUCUAUCGUGCCCAGGACUAUGAUCAUCUCAUGGGAUAUGACAAGCCAUUUGACUUUGACAUGGACGUCCCAAAGGAAGAAACAAGCAAAGAUAAAGACUCUUAA